AUGAGGAUAAGAAAUUAUUGCUUCAUUGUAAUUGCCUUACUGCUACUUUGUUCAGGGGUGAUUUUGGUGCGAGGUUUGUCAUGCUCAAAAGAAGAAGAUUGUGCUGAUUCUUCAGGUUCUUGUAUCAAUGGAAAAUGUGAGUGUUGGAAUAACCAUAAGACAGGUGAUUAUUGUGAUGUAUGCAUUAGAGGUUACGUUGGUGCCAAUUGUGAAGAUUGUGCCGCUGGUUUUACAAAAGACCCACAAGAUGGGUCAACAUGCUUGGCCAAUUGUAAUCCAGCUUGUUAUAGAGGUGAUUGUGUUGGCACUAAUCUUUGUGAAUGCAAUACAGGUUGGGAUGGAGCCACAUGCAAUGUUUGUGCUAAAGGAUAUAGUGGUACAGAUGCUUUUGGCAAUCUUUUAUGCGACGUAAAAACCUGUGUUCCUGGAUGUGGUUAUCAUGGAAAAUGUGAUGUUCCUCCAAGUACUUGUAAGUGUGAUUAUGGUUGGGAAGGGGCUGUUUGUAAUAUCCCUCAAUGUUAUGGAAACUAUGCCUGUGGUAAUAACUCAUAUUGUUCAUCCGCUUUCGAAUGCUCAUGUGUUGAAGGUUAUAACCAAACUGCAGCUGGUUGUGUGCCAAAUGUUUAUAAUUGUCCUGUACCAUGUGGAGAUCAUAUGAAAUGUAACUCUUCAUUACUUUGUGCAUGUGAACAAGGUUAUGAUAGUAUCAAUGGUGCUUGUUACAAAACAUGUCCUUCUAAUAGUGUUAGAUCUGGAACUGAUUGUGUUUGUGUUGCAGGAUAUUCCUUAAAUAAUGGUGUAUGUGAAAAAGAAUGUAAAGACUGUACCAAUGGAGUUUGCUCCAAUGGAGUUUGUACAUGUAAUGAUGGUUUUGAAAAGAAGGGAGAGUAUUGUUACAAGCCAUGUUCAGUAUUUACUGGAACAGUUGGUGCUACUUGUGCUAUUGGUGGUAUUUGUAAAGCUAAUGGUCCAUUCUUCUCCUGUUCGUGUUCAGAAUCUGGUAAAGAAGAGUUUAAUGGAGUUUGCAGAACACCUUGCAAUCCUGCUUGUGGUGAAAAUACUGAAUGUAAUGAGAAUUCAAUUUGUCAAUGCAAAUCAACACUCGAUCAAGAUAAAUAUUCAUUCGAUAAUGCAACCAGAAAGUGUUAUCCAAAUUGUACCAAAUGCAAAUUGGAACAUCAAACAUGUAACAAUCCAGAUGAUGCAAAUUGUUUCUGUGACAGAGUGAGAGGUUAUUUACCAAUUUAUGAUUCCAAUGGAGUUGUCAUUUCCUGUGAAAAACCAUGCAAUCCUGCUUGUAUGGGAUAUUCACACUGUGUUAAUGGUGAUCAUUGUGAAUGUGAUACUGGUUAUACCAAUUAUGGAAAUGAAUAUGGUUGUGUGAAAACCUGCACAUCAGCUUGUAUUGGUUUGAGUUGGUGUAGUGACGCUAUUUGUUAUUGUCCUUCUGGAUAUCAACAACAUAGUAAUUCAACAAGUAUUUGGUGUGAACCUGUUUGUUCAACUCCAUGUGGUGCUAACAUGGAAUGUAGUGCUCCAGACAAUUGUACUUGUAAAGCUGGAUAUGAAGUGAUUGGAAGUGAAUGUAUCAAAUUAUGUCCUUCUAAUAGUGUUAGAUCUGGAACUGAUUGUGUUUGUGUUGCAGGAUAUUCUUUAAAUAAUGGUGUAUGUGAAAAAGAAUGUUCUCCAGAAUGUACCAAUGGAGUUUGCUCCAAUGGAGUUUGUACAUGUAAUGAUGGUUUUGAAAAGAAGGGAGCUUACUGUUACAAGCCAUGUUCAGGAUUUACUGGAACAGUUGGUGCUCCUUGUGCUGCUGGUGGUAUUUGUAAAGCUAAUGGUCCAUUCUUCUCUUGUUCGUGUUCAGAAUCUGGUAAAGAAGAGUUUAAUGGAGUUUGCAGAACACCUUGCAAUCCUGCUUGUGGUGAAAAUGCUGAAUGUAAUGAGAAUUCAAUUUGUCAAUGUAAAUCAAAUCUCGAUCAAGCUAAAUACUCAUUCGAUAAUGCAACCAGAAAGUGUUAUCCAAAUUGUACUAAAUGCAAAUUGGAACAUCAAACAUGUAACAAUCCAGAUGAUGCAAAUUGUUUCUGUGACAGAGUUAGAGGUUAUUUACCAAUUUAUGAUUCCAAUGGUGUUGUCAUUUCCUGUGAAAAACCAUGUAAUCCUGCUUGUAUGGGAUAUUCACACUGUGUUAAUGGUGAUCAUUGUGAAUGUGAUACUGGUUAUACUGAUUAUGGAAAUGAAUAUGGUUGCGUGAAAACCUGCACAUCAGCUUGUAUUGGUUUGAGUUGGUGUAGUGACGCUAUUUGUUAUUGUCCUUCUGGAUAUCAACAACAUAGUAAUUCAACAAGUAUUUGGUGUGAACCUGUUUGCUCCACUCCAUGUGGUAUUAAUAAGCAAUGUAGUGCUCCAGAAGAGUGUUCAUGCAAGAUUGGCUUUGAUGACGUGAAAGAGGUGUGUGUUGAAUCUUGCCAAGUAGGUUACUCGAGAGCCGAAGAUGAUGAUAAGUGCUAUGCCGAUUGUAAAGUCUGUGGAGCUCACUCUUCUUGCUAUCACUCUGAAUGCGUUUGUGAUUUGGGUUAUCAAGUAGAUGCUAGAGGUGAUUGUUCUUCAGUUGUCCAUGACAAUAGCACAGGGAAUACUACUGCAGGUAAUAGUUCUACUUCUGGUGGCUGUGAUCCAAUAUGUAAUCCAACAACUAGUUCCUGUCUGGAUGGAGCUUGUAUUUGUAAAGACAAUUUGGAAAUGAUUGGUGGUGAGUGCGUUCAUGUUUGUUCUUUAGAUUGUGGUAUUCAUGGAAUUUGUCAAAAUACCACAGGCAGUGCAACUUGUAACUGUACUGAUUUCUUUGAAGGAAUGGCAUGUUCCACCUGCAAGAGUGGUUUUUCAUUGAUUAAUGACCGAUGUGUAUGUGAUGAUUCUUCAGGUCGUGCUUUGGUGGGUGAGAAUUGUAUCUGUAACUCUGUAGCCUCGUUUAAACAAGUUGGUACAGAGUGCGUUCGUUCUGAACCAAAUUGUAGAUAUGGAUGUGGUAAUGGAUUGUGUAGAUUUGUGAAUAAUGUUACUUCAGACACUGAGUGUGUGUGUUCAGCUGGUUUCAUUUCUACCAAUCAAUCCAAUUGUAAUGAUUGUGAUAGCAAUCAAGGCUUGAUUCUCUCCAAUGGUUUGUGUGUAUGCAAUGUUAGACUUGGUUUCAGAUUAUCAACAAUAGAUGGGAAAUGUAAAAUUUCCACACCAAUUUGUGCUGACAAAUGUGGUAAUGGUGAAUGUCAAUUCGUUGAUUCCACAACUGAUUUGGCAGAAUGUAAAUGUAAUGUAGGUUAUAUGACUGUUCGUGGCUCUGGAAAGAUGUGUUCCGAAUGUGCAACAGGAUACUCACUUUCAAAUGGUGUUUGUAAACUCAUUUGUCCUGAAGAAUAUUCUGGAGAUGACUGUUCUACGUAUACUCCAACAUCUGCUUGUGUGAAUCCACCAUCAAACUCUCUUUCUUUCUGUAAAUCUGUUGUCUCUUAUCAGGUGAAAAAUACCUUAUAUAUCCAAGGAGCUCAAAGCCCAUCCCAAGCCAAGGAAAUGUUCUUUACCAACAUGAAAUCAGUAGAUGAGGCUGCUAGUAAUAUCCUCUCUCAAGUAUUGAAUGAAUUUGCAAAACAAAACAUGUCUUGUGAUUCCAAUUGUAUUGCUGUAUCAACCAAAUCCAUUUGUUACCAAUACAUUAGUUCAUGUUCUGUUGAUAAUUCCAAUGUUGCAGUUGAAAAGAAGCUCUGUAAAAGUGUUUGCAAUUACAUUUUGAAUAAUGAAGUUGUGACUUAUCCUGAUGUUUAUGCUAAUAGUUGUAAUAGAUUACCAGAGACAAAUUGUUUUUAUGGUACUUAUUUGCCUCCAGCCACCAGCUGUUUUGGAGUUCCUUACUUGAAUUCUUCAGUUUGUUCUGGAAAAGGACGUUGUGUCGAUACUGACUCUUGUUCAUGUAAUCAAGGGUUUACAGGUAGAAACUGCCAACUCCCAUUCUGUUUUAACAUAGAUAGCUCUGACCGUUUGGUUUGCUCAUCCAAUGGUGAGUGUGUUGGAGUUAACAAGUGUAAUUGUAAAUCUGGUUUCACUGGUAAAGACUGUUCUAUCAUUAAUUGUAAUGGAAAGAGUGAAGCUGAAGGAGGAUGCUCAUUCCAUGGACAAUGUUCUGCUGAGCACAAGUGUGUUUGUUCUGGUAACUUUGUUGGUGCUUCAUGUUCAGAAUGUGCAACAGGAUUCACUGGAGUAAAUUGUGAUAUUCCAAUUUGUAAUGGUAUCAAAGCUAAUGAUAAGACAGUGUGUAGCUCAAGAGGAUCAUGUAUUGUUGAUGGUGGUGAGCCAAAAUGUUCUUGCUCCUCAGGAUAUAGUGGAACCAGUUGCCAAAACUUUAAAUGUAAUGAUAUUGACAGAUCUAGUUCAGAUGCUUGCUCCAAACAUGGUAAAUGUAUAGCACAAAACACCUGUGUUUGUGCUGGUAAUUUCGAUCCGCUGAGAUAUUGUUCCACUUGUACACCUGCUUUCAAUGGAACUGAUUGUACAGAGAGAAUUUGUUCAGAUGAGUUGACUUGUAGUGCCCAUGGUAAAUGUAAUUCCAAUUUCAAGUGUGACUGUCAAGGAAACUGGGUUGGUGAUUUCUGUAACCAAUGUAAAGAUGGAUUCGUUGGAACUAAUUGUCAAUUUGAAUGCUCACCAUCAACAAAGUGUAGUGGUAGAGGAUCAUGCAACAUGGAUGGAACUUGUCAAUGUACUGGAAAUAGUAUUGGAAAAAAUUGUGAACAAUGUGCAACAGGAUGGUUUGGAGCAAAAUGUGACUUUUCCAUUGAUUCCACAAGCUUUGGAUUCUCUAGUAAGGGAGAUUCUUUAUAUGGAACUGUUUAUUCCAACCUUAAAAAGAAAUUUGCUUGUUCUGACCUUGUAACAACAACUGAUAUUCUUGGAAUUGGUGCUGUAUGUGUUUUGAAUCCUGAAAAGAGUUCCAUGGAAAUUAUUUUAGGUCUCUCUGCAUCCGUUAAAAUUGGUAGUACUUUACAAUUCAAGAAAUAUUUCGAUUCACUUGAAACAACUCAAGUCACAAUUUCAACUAAGGAUUAUGUGGCAGUUUCACCACUCGCAAACUUGAUUUCAGAUAAGCCAAGCGUAUCCAAAGCUUGUGGAAAAGUAUACUUGGAUGCUUCAUCAUCUGUUUCAAUAGAUCGUAGAACUUUGCUCUUCUCGUGGUCAAAUAUUUUAGCUCCAACAACACAUGAUGCAGAUACUUUGAAUGCAUUCCUUUCUUCAGUUACAUCUUCUGGUGUUUAUAUUGGAGGUGCUGAUUUGAGCGUAGGUUCUUACUCAGUCCAAGUAACUGUAACAAGCUCAUUCUCUCUUGAAAAAUCAACUUCUACCGUUUCUUUUGAUGUAUCUGAUUUGACAUCCCCAACUGUGGCUAUUAAGGAAGGUCUUGAGAGUAGUAUAAUCAUUGGUAAAAGUUCCGUCAUUACACCAACUGUAACUUUCCCUUCUUGUUAUAAGGGAGAGGGACCAAUUAGUUAUGUCUAUACUUUGGAUACCACAAAAUCCAUAAAUGUUGAUGUAAAACAAAAGGGUGAAUUAUUGAUAUUUAAUGAUGAUUAUACUAAAAUAACUGAAGAGGGUGAUUAUUACUUUAUUUUGACCACAACUCAAAAAGGAGCUGCUGAUGUUAAGGUACCAUUCAAAGUUACAGCCAAAGCACUUCCACUUGUUGUUUCUUUCAGUGUUCGUGACAUGGUUCAAUCUUUUGAAAAUGAUGUAACUUUCACAAUCAUCACUCGUGACCCAAGCAAUCCAAGUAAUCCUGGAGGAGAUGUUGUCUUGUCAUGCACCAAUCUUGACACUGCCACAACUUGUGAUGGAUUUUCAAAUUCUGCAAGUAAUAUUAAUCAAACUACUCGCAGUUUCAAACAAGGAAUGCAACCAGGAACUUAUAUGUUCACAGCAACCUAUACUAAGGGAUCUAGAAAGUCUCAAUCUUCUGUAAAAGUCACACUUUUGGACAAACCAAAAUCAACAAUUAUUAGAGUGUUAGUUUCCCCUCCUAGGAGUGCUGAUUUGACAGCAGUUGAUCCUUCUACUGAACUAGUUCUUCAAGCUACAACAAUGGAUACAUUGAGUUCAGAUAGAGUCUUUACUUGGAGCUCUCCUGAUAUUGACCUUACCUCAAUUACCACUUCCAACAAGUAUAUUGUAAUUCCAAAGAGCUCUCUCGUUCCAGGAACUUCCAAUACUGUUAAAGUUAAGAUUGUAGAUGGCACUAGAUCUGGAGAGGCUGAAAUUUCUUUCUCUGUUAACUCUCCUCCAACACAAGGUAUUUUAGAAGUCACACCAUCCACAGGUAUUGCUUUAUCUGAUGAAUUCCAAAUUAAGUGUGGAAAUGGUUGGUACGAUGUUCAACUUCCUUUAUCUUUCAAAUUCAUGUACAAGGAAGAAAAUCAAACAAAUUGGAAAACUCUAUCAGAACAAUCAGAGAAGAGAUCCUUGGCAACAUCCUUACCAUUUGGUGUGUUGCAAAUCAAAGCCAUUGUUUACGACUCAUUGGGAGCAUCGACUGAAGCAAUCACUACAGUAACCACUAUACUUCCAGAUGCUGGAGCAGUCCUGAGCAUUUUAACCUCACAACAAGGGACAGUCACUGUUUCAACACUUGCUUCUGCUCUCAGUGUUGUUGGAUCAGUUACGGGAUUGACUACAGAUCAAAAAGCAGCAAUGCAAGAGGCCAGUAAGACUUUUGUUAACAAGUACUUUGAACAACAAUCUCAAAAAGACAGUUUGCUUGAAGAAUCAUCUUCCUCUGCCUCAUCUAAACUUUCAGUUAUUUCUUCUAUCAGUAAUUUUGUAAAAAAUCUCCCUGAUGAGACUGUUUCAAUGGUUAUUCAAAAAUUCUCUAAAACUAUGGGUUCUGCUUCUACUAGUUCCUCAAUUAGUAUGGGUAGUGACGAUAUUUCCUCAUCAACCAAGUCAGCAAACUCUCUCAGAGAACACGUUACUCAAAACAUGGCUAAGAGAUUUAUUUCUUCCUUCACCAAGAAUGAUUUGAAGACGAUUGACGAUGUUUAUGCCAGUCUUGUUAGCAUUCAAGUUAAAUCUUCUGUCGCUGAUAUGCCAGCCACUAGAGGAGAGGGUGUGGACUCAAACACUUAUGCAAGACUUGUCAGUAUUCCAACUUUGAAUGGAUUGUCAGAAUUGGUUAAGGAUCAGGGUGUCUCUUCAUUCAAACUUUCAUCAACAUUUGGUGAUAAUUCCAAGAUUAAGAGUUUAGAUAGUGUUAAAGUUUCAGCAAAGAUUCGUCUAUUAGAUACUUCUUCUCUCAAAGCAGCCACCAAAGUGUUUGAAUUGGGAAUAUCUGAUAGUGGUAAUAAUAUCAUUGUACAAAAUAGCCAGUCUAUUGCAACUUUGACCAUCGAAAGAGUACCCAAUGGAAGAAGAUCUGUUAUGGCUUCUGUACGAAAAUGCUUCUCAUUGCAAAAUAAUGAUUAUGUACAAGAUAGUACUUGUAGUAUUUCUUCAGAAACCAAUUCGAAUAUUGUCAUUUCAGUCCAAAGCACUGGAUCAUAUGUAGUUGUAGAACAACCAGCUCCAACCAGUAGUUCAGUUCAGCCAACACCUUCUGUAUCAGUUGUAUCUCCAGCUCAUUCAACUACAACUCCGCAAACCUCAACCACCACCACAACUCCACAAACUUCUAAAGGCAGUACCAAGGUUCCAACAACAAGUGGACCAAAUCUUGAUUAUAUUGCUCUUAUAUUAUUAAUUAUUCCAGUGGUACUUGUUGUAGUUGGUAUUAUUGGAUUAACUGUUUGGUUAAUGAAGAAGAAGAAGAACUCAAAUAAGGAUACUAACUUGGUUGAAUUGAGAAGUGUUUAA